CAUGAGAUCAUUUACAAGCAGUCAAGCUACAGACAUGGAGCGGUUGCUUUGGUUUUCUCUCCUACUCACCCACCUGCCAGUAACAGAGAGCAUGGACAAAUGCUUAACACAGCCAGAUGAGGUGAUUUUGGGAACAACAGGAAAUGCUGCUGUUCUUCCUUGUAAUGUCAGCUCAAGCUGUCCAUACCAAAACCUGCAUUAUGAGUGGUUUGUUUUCAAAGAAAACUCCCACUCUCGUCUCAACCUGCAAAGCAAUCCUAGCAAAUACAGCCUGCACAGAGGAUUUUUACAUGUCGAGUCACUUAAUGCUAAUGACAGUGGGAUCUACUACUGUGCUGCAGUAUGGCCUGGAAAGCUAGGACACGGUGCACAGUAUGUAGGGCUGGGAACAACUCUCGUAGUGAGAGGACACGACAAACCAUUGCUGAAGCACAUUCUUCUGUGGUUAUCAUUCGUCCUCCUGGCCAUCUACAGCUUGGCUCUAGUGGCAUUUAUUAUUUUAAAGAAGUAUGGCUGGAAUAUGAGCACCAACAGAAGGAUGUGCAAAACAGAUGAGCAAAAUAAAUCAACAAAGAAAAGAAAAUUCCACGAUGUACUGCAAGAAAUGUACAGCAAACAAGCUGUGGGCAGACACUGUUCUCAUGUUGAGGCUGCAAGUACCGAGUUCAACGGCUCAGGUGAUGAAAUCUAUCAAAAUGUCUAAGUGUCCUUGAGGAUGCCUGAUUCAGAUGCCCAGCAUCCCAACUGAGAAGAGAAUCCAAAGCCAUGAAGCACGUUGUUCAUCUUUUCUCACUGAGAUACAAACUAGGCAUGGGGACGUUUAUAAAAUUUCAUAAACAAGUACUCGCAAUCUUUUGACAGCGUGUACACUUUUUCCAUAUGGUAGCCCAGAGGUGGGCACGGACGAUGACAGCAGAUAGUGCCGAGAUUUUAGUAAAGUUCUUGGAUCAAUAAGUCAUAAGUAAAAUGUUGUUGAACACAUAAGGUGUCUUCUGCAAACGCAGUAAAGUAGGCAACAAGCUACAGCCAGGUUUCCAUCUGAACGAGCCGUCCUCCACGCUGUAGACGGUCCCUGCGCACUUGUCUCACAGCCGGCUGCACAUAGUUUGUCCACCAUGGCUCGGUUUGAUGAAGCUUAAGUUGUAGCUUGUUUCUACCUUAGUAUAGUUGGAAGGAGACAUCUGAAUCAGAGACAUUUUGUGAUUUUACCACAGAGCUGAGGUCGUUGAGCGCACUAAAAUAAAUAAUACAUAGCCUCCUAAUCAGUAUCUUACAGGCAUUUCUGUCAACAGGCCGGUCCGUGCGCUGCUGUCAUGAUGUAGAUUUUGAUCCACUAAGUGUGAUAGUGUAGCUAUUUUAUGCUUCUUCAGGCAAGUGGGGUGCACAGUGGGGCAGUGGUUAGCGCCCUGGUUUUACAGAAAGGAGGUUCCAGGUUUGAGCCCGGGGCCUUUCUGUGUGGAAUUUGC